AACACAAACACAUUCUCUUUUCUACCCAUUAUUUCUCUGUUCUUUUCACUCUCAAGUUGUAUUUUUCCUCUUCUAGAAACAUCCUUUUAUUGUAGUUUCAACUCUCUUUCAGCAUUUAUUUUUCGGCAACCUUCAUAUGGGUACUUUAAAGGCAAGCUUAAAAGAUGAGAUGACGCCGCCGGUAGUAGAGACAGCGCAUGCAGGAGCAGAGGCGAGCCGUUACAGUCACAGAUCGAUUGAAACACUUGUGGUCGUGCUAGCAGUGAUUACCAUCAUAGGCGUUAUUGCAGGGAUCAUUGCUAGGCUUUGCGGUGGAAGACAUUUUGGUGGCAAUGGAGAGAAUGACAUUGAAGGUUGGGUUGAAAAAAAGUGCCGGAGUUGCAUUGACGGUGGAGUCCCAGCUGCAGCAGCACCGCCUCCACCUCCACCUCCUGAGGAGUCCAAGCCAGCGGCAGAAGAAACAAAGAAGUGAUCAAAAUGGAGAUAAAAGAAUAUUUCUUCUACUAAAUCACGUGUAUUUUUAUUUGUGAAUUAGAAUAUCAUAGACUUUAGUGUAAAAUAGUAGUGGUUUCACUAAGCUGAAUCAUAUUUAUUGUUCUUUAUGAUACUCAUGAACCCAUCUUUCUUGUUCAAAUGGAAUGGGGUUUUAAUUAGUUCUUUUGUAAUAGCCAGUUAAACAUUUA